ACACAUACCACAGAACAGCGAGUGCUCUUACGGAUAAAUCAGUUUCGUUUCGUAGCGAUAUUCCAAAGAAAUCAUAAAUAUUCAGCACUUGAGAUAUUCCCAAUUAGCGAUUGCUUUACCCCGCCAAAACGAGAAUCGCGUAUUCGGUUGAUUUGACUUGAUUUGUGGACUGGCGUUCGUGGGUGUCGUGAUUAUAUAAAUUCAAAUUGCACAACUAACGCGGCGCAGCAGCGGCAUUAUGAUUCCCUGAACCGAAAGGUUCCGCAAUAAUCAAUCAAAUAAUUAACCAAAAAUGAGUUUCAUCCAUCCCGAUGAUAGUUUAAUGGGAGGUUCUAGAAAUGUGCCCCAACCGAUUAAGGAGUCCCCUGCGGAGGCGCCUCAUCCUAAGAGUGCGCCCAACGAUCGUGUGGAGAUCAAGAUUGUGAUGCUGAAAGUUCAGGCAGAAUCGCCCUUACUGCCCCUGAAGGAGAACGACGCGACACUACCGAGAGUCCACAAUUCCUCGCACAUAUCAGCCACUAGGUCACCGCACGAGUACACCUCCUUAGCCAGAGAUUCCGAGCCCGCCCUCACGCCCACAUCCACGACUGCCACGCCCAGGCCGAAUGAGUGCAGACGUCGUAGCUCAUUGACCAACUGUCCAGCACCCCCACCCGCCUGCACCGAGGGAAAUCCACCGGGCGAAGCCAACAACAACACCAGCAGCAGCAACCACAACACCAAGGAAGACUUUUACACGACUUUGGGAAGCAGCACGCCCAGCCACAAGCACGCCCACGAGCACGAGUACAAGCUCUACCCCAACGACACAUUCGCCCAAUUGGAGGGAAAAGCACCAAAGCCAAACACCAAAAUGCAGACCAAAGUGGACGCAGUGGGUCGCAUCACGGGCCAGUGGGGCAAAUGGCAGCUGCGAACAGUGCUGCUGAUCUUCCUGUGCAAGAUACCAUCCUCGUGGUUCAUGGCCUGCAUCAUCUUCACGGCUCCCGCACCCAGGCACGGGGAGUUCUUCUGCAAGCCCCCGAACACAGUCGGGGCCCAGAACCAGACGCAGUGGAUUAAGGUUUCGCAUCCGCAAAAGGAGGAGAGCGAGGAUCAGGAGUUCAACAUUGACUUCUGCAACGUCUACCAGGAUGCGCAGGAGCAUGCCCAUCACUACUACAACUACGAGAAUAGCGAGCAGGAGCCGCGCAUCUGGGAGAAGCCCCUCAAUCGCAACUCCAAUGUCAUACCCUGCACGGAGUUCCAGCACGAGUCCAGCUACCACUCGGUGGUCACUCAAUACGAUCUGGUCUGUUCCCGGGAUAUCCUCGUCUCUGUCACGCAGUUCUUCCAUCUGUUUGGUGUUCUCACCGGCGGUAUCCUGGCGAAUCAGCUGUUGAAAUACUUCAGUCCCCGGAAUGUGAUGCUCUUCGGCAUGAUCACCCAGAUCUUCUGUGGCAAUCUGACGGGUCAUGUGGCUUCCUAUGAGCUCCAUGUGUUCUUCCGCUGCCUCUCCGCCGUCUGCUGUGCGCAGAUGUACACCGCUGGAGGGAUGAUCAUGGCCGAUAUAACGGGUGGCAAGUAUCGCACUUGUGUCUCCACUCUCUUCGAGCAGUUCUGGUCCAUUGGCGUGAUGAUGCUGCCGGGCGUGGCAAGCUUUUGGUCCAGCUGGUCGCAUCUCUACAUGGCCAUCUCCUGGCCAACAGUGAUACUGAUCUACCUGUGGCAAUGGAUACCCGACUCCCCGCGCUGGCUUAUCGCCCGCGGUCGUGUGCAGGAUGCCAAGAAGAUCUUGCUGCAGUGCGCCGAUAUCAAUGGCACUCGGUACAGUCUGCCCCAUGACAUUGAUCAGCAGCUGGAGCUGCAGGCACAGACGGCCAUGGAUGCCCCACCGCCGAGUGGCUGGUGGUCGAUGUGGAAGGGAGAGCGGGCCGUGCGUCACAUGAUCUGCGUUCAUCUGGCCUGGUCCCUCUACAUCGUGGUCUACUAUGGGAUGCUGCUGAACAUCCGUUCCUUCAGUCGAGAGCAUCUGUACAUCAACACGUUCUUUGCGGGCUUGAGCGAGAUGAUCGGCACCUUUAUCGGGCUCUUUCUGAUUAUGAAGACUACUAGGAAGUGGCUCUGGACGGGACUGUUCAACAUGAUUGCCGGAUGCAUUGCCUAUUGUGGUUGGCUGGUGCCCAAGCCGGGCGUCAUUCCAUUCGAUGCCAAUGUGGCCCUGCUGAUGUGCUCCGCUAUGGUCUCCAAGAUGGCUAUAUCCACCACUCUCUCCAUACUGACGACCUGCACCGUGGAGCUGGUGUCCGAUGACAAGAAGAAGAUCACCUCGUUCUCGACCAUCUGUUGGGCCCGCUUCUGGCUGCUGGGUGCACCCUUUAUUGGAUCGACUAUCUUUUUGGGCCAGCUUGUGCCCCAGACGGCCUUCGCGUCCCUAGCCAUUUGUGGUGGCAUCUGCACCGCUCUGAUCACCAGCCCGCGUACGCAUCCCAUCUCCCGGCCGACAUCUUCGCCGACCGCCCAGGGUGCCCAGAACAUGGCCUCUGCCUCCCAGUUCACCAUCAUCGACGGAAUGGACAACAAAGGCUACACGCCAAGCUCGAAGCCCAUUAUCUCUAGUAAUACUAUUAGGAAACUGACCACACCACAAUCGAAUCUACCUCCACAACUAAUGCCCGGGAUUUGGACGACCAAGAUACACGAGGAUGGCCCACCAAAGUGAUAUUCCCGGACAGCUGUGCCGUAGAAUGGGGUUAAGUGAUGUGACGCGAGUGAAGGUGAAGGUUGGCUAGAAUAUUGGUUUUGUUCACUUUGGUAGGGCUGUGACCUUGCAAACAACUACAGUCUACAAAAUUUGAUAUACUAUACUUAUAUAGCCUGUACACUACUUUAAGGCCAAGGCCAUCCCUUUUGUAAUGCACAUAGGGCAAAGUUUAUUGAAAGUAAAGUCAAAUAUCCGCUCUUCUCGCACACAUUCUAUGUAGGAGCUCAACUUUACCCCAAGACCGCAAACUAAAUGCUCAAAAGAUGAGAAAAAAAACAUUACAAAACAAAACCGUGAAAAAUGCUACAUUUUUAAGUAGGCAAACUUUAAAGCUUAGAGCUUAAGAGAAUGAUCCUUAAGCAGUUUCAAUUAAAAGGAAAAGACGUUCGCAAAGGAAAAUAAUAUUUUUAAAUUAAUCUAAUCUUAGAGCAUAAUUAAGUAGAGCCUUAGUUAACCCUCGGAAGGGCGCGCAGCCAUACAGUAGUCUCGUAAGUAGGUCGAAUGUGGAACACAAGCCCAGUAUUACUCAGUUGUCGCUAAUGAACCGAACCGAACCGAACCGAACCGAAUAGGACCUCACAUACCGCACUUGAUCCCCUAUGGAUGUAGAACCAAUAACAUAAACUCCACUUACUCGCAUAAACACAAAACCAACUGAUAAUGAUGAUCCUUUUAAAGGCCUGUUUCGUAAGAUCCCCAAAAAGCUGUUCCACAUUUAAGUGAUUGUGUUGUAAACACCUGGAGAGAAUUACAUGAAAAGACAUAUAAAAUCUAGUUACACAAUAAUUAUUGCAAAUUUUAAUUAAUUAUCUCUCGGUAAACAAAAACAAUUAAUUAAUUAUUUAAAGAAAAAGAAAACAAUAAUUUUAGUGUACGCAUAAAUUACUUUAUUACCAUUAUGUAUUAUGUAUUACCAAGCUAAUUUAAUAUAAAUCAAUUAUAAAUUAGUAGUGUUU